CAAAGGAAUGAAAUCAGAUUUUGAUAAAUGACUUCAAAUAUGCAUAAGUGGCUACGCAUGAUAGGCGUGGUUUCAUUCCUCUUACCAUCAUCUUUGUGAUGUGUUCCGUUCUCUCCUAAAUCUUUAUUCUUUACUCACUUAACAGUUUAUAUGGAUAAUAGUACAAACUCUUUUUUUUCACAGGUUUGCAUAAUUUAUCAUCUGAGAGAAUAUUUCAUUUGGUUGUUCUUUCUACAAAAAGGAUAGAUGAGUGAAUUUCUAUAACUCAUCACAAAUGUUCACAUCACAACCAAUUAGAAUACAUUAGGGACUAUAAAUUACCUUGUGAGCAAAUAUAAAAGGUGCUAAUUAUAUUGCAGUUAAUAAAAAUUAACUAAUAUGCUAAAUAGAUUCGCUUUGUUAAACUUCUGUAUCGUUUCAUUUUGUCUCUGUAUGCAAGCCAAUACAGAUACAAUUUUAAUCACGUUUCAAGGAGACAUAAAGAAUGGUGACUGUUAUGAAAAGUGGUAUCGAGAUGAUAUUUUCGAAUUAAUUUCAAAUUGGGAGACGGCUUUAUGCUCGAAAAUGCAACAGCUUCUAAAACCUGCCCUGAUAGGCCGUCCUGUAUUCUCAGAUGCGUGCACUUCCAGCAUUUAUCCACAUACUUACAACAUGCGUAGCGUAUCUUUUACCACGCUACUUCACAUAAAUGCUUCACACAUAAUUAAAAAUAGCACACGUGUUGCAGUUCAAAUCAAGAAAAAGCUUCAGAAAUCAAUCCAAGAUGCGGAAAGGCGAGAUAACUUAUUGAAAUCUUAUCAAAGUAUUCAUUUCAAUUUACAUAGAUUUCAUCAGUAAAAUCGCUGUCGAAUUAUCCUCACUAAAUAUUCUUAGCCACCAAAUUUGUUUGUCUUUUCAAACUUUAGUAAAUGAC